AUGGAAGAAGUAAACAGAGAAAAUGUUGGUCUGUUGAACAAGCCUUCACCGGAUGCCAGGACACCAAGCCUAUCCUCUGUUGGAGCUGUUUUUAUUCUGCUGAAAUCAGCGCUGGGAGCUGGACUCCUGAACUUCUCAUGGGCUUUCAGUCAAGCAGGUGGCAUCGCCCCUGCCUUAAUCAUGGAGCUGGUGUCUUUAGUCUUCCUCAUCAGUGGCUUGAUCAUCCUGGGCUACGCUGCCUCCGUCAGUGGCCAGUCCACCUACCAGGGCGUGGUCAGGGUGCUCUGUGGAUCGGUCAUUGGGAAGCUCUGCGAAAUCUGCUUCAUCGUAGAUAUGUUCAUGAUUUCUGUGGCCUUCCUGAAGGUUGUGGGUGAUCAGAUGGAAAAAUUAUGUGAUUUCUUCGUGCCAAACGAAACCCUCAGUGGGAGUGUCUCAGCUGUCCCUCGGCUCUGGUAUAUGGAGCAACGCUUCACUCUGUCCAUCCUAUGCAUCCUCAUCAUUUUCCCUCUGUCAACUCCUCGAGAAAUCAGCUUCCAGAAAUAUACAAGCAUCCUAGGUACGCUGGCUGCUUGCUAUCUGAGCCUGGUCAUCGUGGUGAAGUAUUACCUGAAACCUGACAGCCUCAUUCCUGAAACCCAUUGGUCACCAAGACCUUCCUCCUGGCUUGCUGUAUUUAAUGUAUUCCCCACCAUCUGCUUUGGAUUUCAGUGCCAUGAAGCCAGCAUAUCUAUCUACUGUAGCAUGUACAACCAAAACCUCUCCCAUUGGACCGUGGUAUCGGUGGCCGCCAUGCUAGCCUGCUGUCUCAUUUAUUCCCUGACAGGGCUCUAUGGCUUUCUGACUUUUGGAGAUAAUGUUUCUGCUGAUGUGCUGAUGUCCUACCCAGGCAACGACAUUGUGGUCAUCAUCGCCCGCUUCCUCUUCGGGGUCUCGAUUGUGACCAUCUACCCGAUUGCUCUCUUCCUGGGCAGGUCAGUGAUCCAGGACUUCUGGCUGAGCUGCUCCAGUGUCUGGGGCUGUGGAGGGUGUGCAGACCCUUCAGGAACCUGGGUCCGAAUGCUGCUGACAAGCCUGUGGGUAGCCACCACGCUUCUGUUGGCUCUCUUUGUCCCAGACAUUGGGGAGGUCAUUAUGGUCAUUGGGGGAAUCAGUGCCUUCUUCAUCUUCAUCUUCCCAGGGCUGUGUCUCAUUUGUGCAGUGGACGUGGAGACCCUGGGCCCAAGAAUCAGGUCCUGCUUGGUCUUCUGGGGUGUGGUCUCUAUCUUGGCCGGAGUCUUUAUCUUUGGGCAGAGCACCAGUUCAGCCAUCUUGGAUCUGUUCUGA